AUUUUCAUGACACGAAGUCAGUUUGUAAAGAAUCUACACGUUUGAAACGUUUUUAGGUAAUUUUUUCAGUCUUGUACAAUUAAAAAGUACAUUUACUAUUAAAAAUCAAACGUUUUGCAUUCCUUGUAUGAAAAGAAGUUUAGAUACAGUUUUCGACAGCUUUUCGGUGCACCUCUGACUGUUUCCAUAGAUAAAAAUGGCGCGAAAGUGAGAAGACCACAAUUUGUACCCUGAAGAUCUUUGAGCUGUUAAAUAAUAUCCAGGAGACAAUUAUUUGAUAUCAGAAAUUUAGUUCAAUAUGGACGUUAAGGAGGAAGUGGAAAUUAAGUUGGAGAAAGAAGAUAAUAUGAAAAAUUUAAUAUUAGAAUCUCCACUGCCAGAUUGUGUCAAGUCAGAACCAUGCUGGUUGGGAAUUGAUGAAGCAGGAAGGGGACCAGUACUAGGUCCUAUGGUUUAUGGAAUUUGUUUUAGUCCAAUAUCCAUGAAGGAGAAAUUUGGAGAAAUGGGAUUUGCUGAUUCUAAGACCUUGACAGAAGAUCAAAGAGAGAGCAUCUUUGAUAAGAUAAAUGAAGCCAAUGAAAUGAUUGGAUGGAUGGUUGAAGUGCUCUCCCCUACUUUUAUAUCAACUAGCAUGCUCCGUAGAACAAAAUAUAACCUUAAUGCUUUAUCACAUGACUGUGCUAUCAGGCUGGUGGCUCUCGCAAUUGAAAGGGGAGCUAACAUUGCUGAAGUUUAUGUUGAUACAGUGGGAGAUCCAACUAAAUACCAAGAGAAACUUAAAGGUAUAUUCCCAUCAAUUGACAUUACAGUAGCAAAGAAAGCUGAUUCUUUGUACCCAAUUGUCAGUGCAGCCAGUAUAUGUGCUAAAGUCACCAGAGAUAAAGCUGUCAAAAAAUGGAAGUUCCAAGAAGAAAUAAAUACGGAAGAUCUUCAAUAUGGCUCAGGCUAUCCAGCUGAUCCUAACACUAAAAGUUUCCUUGCAAACAAUAUGGACUAUGUAUUCGGUUUUCCACAAUUUGUUAGGUUUAGUUGGUCUACGGCAGCCAUUAUUUUAGAAAAAGAUGCUGCCCCUGUGAAAUGGGAAGAUGAUGAUGAAGACGAAAAUGCUGACAAAAGCAAUAUGGCAUUGACUUCAUUCUUCUGUAAGAAGGACCAUAACCCUAAAAUGGACAGACAUAUUUAUUUCAAAGAUAGAUGCAUAGAAACAGUUCAAAAAUUGUAGUGCUGACUGUGCUACAGAUUAUUCUUACUAAACUAAGGGGACUGCAGGCUAAAUAAAGUCUGAGAUUCUAAGUACAUGUAGUUGUAACCAUAAUGUGUUCAGUUAUUUAAUCAAUUUAAAUACAAAUUAAACAACAAGUUUCUUUUGGUUAA